UUUAAUAUAUAUUUUUUCAUUCUUUUUCCAUUUUUGCCAGGUUGGAACUGACCCCACAUUGAACUGUACCGUUUUUUUCUACUUAACUUAAUUAUUAUUAAUUAUAAUAGAUAUUAUGUUUACUAAGUAAUUCCAUAUCAUACCCUUAUAUGGUUGUUAUAUAAAUACAAAUCGUUCACUAAUGUUCUGAUAAAUUUGCAUUUGCAGAAAAAUUUGCAUUUGAAUUUGAAUUUGAAUUUGAAUUUGAAUUUGAGUAGAUAAAUUUAGUCUCUCGACUCGUCACUCACUCAAUGGCUGACCGAGUUCACCCUUACGACUCGCCACCGGUUUCUGAGGAACAUGCUGUUGUCGCUCCCAAGCCACCUCCAACGCCGCCGUCGGAAAAGCCUGUUCCACCGCCGGGAACGUAUGUCAUACAGAUUCCCAAGGAUAUCAUUCACCGCAUUCCUCCAAAAGAGAACGCUCGUCUCUACGAAGAAUACACUCGCAAGAAAAACCGUCGGAACCGUUGUUGCUGCUUCUGCUGGUUCUUCGGAAUACUCUUCAUCCUCAUCGUGCUGCUCGGCAUCGCCGCCGGGGUUUUCUACCUCGUUGUUCGUCCUGAAUCGCCGAACUACUCAAUCGAAAGCAUUAACAUCAGAGGAAUAAACAUAACGUCGCCGUCUUCCACGGCGGCGAUCUCGCCGGAGUUUGAUGUCACUGUUAAAGCCAGUAACCCUAACAACAAGAUCGGAAUCCGUUACGAGAAAGAUAGCUCUGCGGAAAUUUUCUACAAAGACGUGAAGCUAUGUAACGGCGUUUUGCCGGCGUUCUAUCAGCCGUCGAAUAAUGUGACGGUGUUCAAAACGGUGUUAAAGGGUAACGGAAUUAAGAUGGGAAGUGAGGACCAGAGAGCGUUGGUUACGGCGCAGAGUAAACGGGAAGUGUUGUUGGUCGUUAAACUGAGAGCGCCUGUGAAAAUAAAAGUGGGGUCUGUUAAAACGUGGAAGAUUACCGUUAAAGUUGACUGUGAUUUGACGGUGGAUAAAUUGACUGGGAAUGCUAAGAUUGUUUCUAGGAAUUGUAACUUUAAAUUGGAUCUUUGGUAACGGAAAGUAAAUUCUUUUGAGAUUAUUAUAGGGAUAGGAUGAAUACAUUGCUUUUAUUUCAAUUUAAAUUGAGUAUUAAAUUUUAAAGUCAAAGUUUGACCUGUUAUUCAUUAGUAUGAUUUUUUUUAAUGUGUUUGAUGUUUCUAAAUGUAUGUUUUUCUUUUAUUGAAUGAACUAGUAACGGAUCCGGGAAUGCUUU